GCCAUUUUGUUAGAGGUGUUGACAUUCAACCAUCGAGUUCAACGAAGUAACGUUAGUUGAUAUGGGCUCCAUUAUAUUCUUUAUAUCAACUGAAACUUGGUUUGUUUAAGGUCUUCGGUAAAACAAUAUUAAGCAGCUUUUGUACGCGAAUUUCUACAAGACAUCCUAUAUCAAACGUUAGAACUAUUACUUUUCUCAUAUUUGCGUAGAAUUUUCGGACGAGCUAACAGUAGCUAAUUCGUUAGCUCUGGUCAAAUGGCGGCGAAGUCGGCACAGCAAGCCCCUACAUCGAAUUGGCCGUAUGGUAGUAAUUCAGGUGGAGAGGGCCCAGUCCAUGAGAACCCGGAAUGGGAAAAAGCCCGACAGGCUCUAGCCUCCAUUACUAAAAGUCAGAACUCAACCAAGACUUCACCAACCAAUCGCACUACCCAACAGGUUGGACAGUAUCAGGCGACAGUUACAGACUCCUCUACAAUGCAGCAGCAGCAACAGCAGCAGUACUAUCAGCAGUGGUAUCAACAGAACCAACAACAGUAUGCUGGUUACCCAUAUCCCUAUAACUACUACUACCCCAUGCCUCCGUAUGGAGGAUCAUAUCCUCCAGGACAGUAUGGUGUUCCAGGGGGCUACCAGACACCUACUACGGCCACUGGACAGACCCCUGCCAUGCCUAUGGCAGAAGAUCAGUCCUCCAGCUAUCCCUCCCAGCCCCCUCCUCCUGCAACCCCUCAACCUCCCCCUCAGAGUCCUACGUCCACUGACCAGCCCCCACCCCCUCCACCACCUCCCAUACCUCCUCCACCCAAUGCCCAGUACCCUCUUCCACCAUCCCAGACCCCCUACAGCCCCAUUGGUACCCUGCCAUACAGCCCUACGGAUUCUAACCCCAUGAUGCGGGGCUACAAUCCUGGGCAGAUUCGGCCAGGGUACCAGGGUUACCCAGCACCUGCAUAUCAGCCCCCUCAGCAGCAGGCUCCAGGACAAGGCCCAUAUGGAGGUGCAGGCAUGGUGGAUUCUAAGAAGCCUAACAUUAGCAAUAUGAACAAAGGUGGACAGCAGCUGUGGCAGCGCAUGAAACAGGCUCCUGGAACAGGUGCUGUAAAAUUUAACAUACAAAAGCGCCCGUACGUCAUGUCAAGUCAAAACUUCCCUUCAGCUGAGCAGGCCCCUGGAUUGGGAUCCCUUAAUGUGACAAACCAAUCUCCUGGGUCUGUUGUGGCAACAUCUACAACUUCAGCUGGAUGUUCCCAAACUCGGCCUCAGGACUGGCCACAGGCCAUGAAAGAGUAUGUACAGCGUUGCUUCACAGCCUGUGAAUCUGAAGAGGAUAAGGAUCGUACAGAAAAAGUACUGAAAGACCUUCUGCAGUCCAGACUACAGGAUGGCUCAGCUUAUACCAUCGAUUGGACCAGAGAACCGCUGCCAGACCUGAAGCAAAAGCAGUCUCGCUGGGAGGUGGUUACUCAACGCUCUCAGGAGAAUGCUAUUGGGAGAGGUGGAGCCACCCGUGGCAGGGCGGGAGCCAGGCUGGGUAACUACAGAAAUGUAUUUUCUCAAAGAAGCCCCUCCUCCAGCUCGUCCCACUCCUCAUCGCGAUCCCCAUCCCCUCACAACCGACACAGGGACAGGAGUAGACAUCACCGCAGUGAUUCUGGCUCCCAAUCAGAUAGCAGCAUGUCAAGUGAUCCUCGCCUCCCAUUGUCCCGGCGGCAACAAAAAGGUGGCCGAGGCCGUGGGGCAGAAAGGGAGCGAGGCAGAGGAGGUGUGGGAGAAAGAGGCAGAGGAAGAGGCAAAGCAAACCGAGGGCGGAGGAAUAUGGAAGACCUAACGGGUGGAAUUGGUAAAAAGCGGAAAGGUGGUAACGCAGGCCUUGACUUUCACGACCCGAAUCGUGAAGCAAAGAAGCAGAGCCGUGCAGCACGCUUCCACACUAAAUUACGCACUGAGCCCCUGGUGUUAAACAUCAAUGUUUUUGACCUCCCCAAUGGCACCCAGGAGGGGCUGAGUUGGGAUGAAUGCCCCAUAGUCGGCACCUGCCAGGACAUCACCAAAAUCUACCUGCGCCUCACAUGUGCUCCUGACCCUGCAACCGUCAGACCUGUACCUGUGUUGCGAAAGUCCCUGAUUGCGGUGAAAACUCAUUGGAAAACCAAUCAGGAUUAUGUGUAUGCAUGUGAACAAAUGAAGUCAAUACGACAAGAUCUCACUGUUCAAGGUGUGCGUACAGACUUCACCGUGGAGGUAUAUGAGACUCAUGCUCGCAUCGCUCUGGAAAAGGGUGACCAUGAGGAGUUCAACCAGUGCCAGACCCAGCUGAAGGCGCUGUAUAAAGACUGCCCAUCGGACAACAUUGGAGAAUUCACUUCCUAUAGAAUUAUCUACUUCAUCUUUACUAAGAACUCUGGAGACUUGACCACCGAGCUUGUGUACCUGACCCCUGAGCUCUGUGCUGAUCCAUGUGUAGCUCAUGCUCUUGAGCUCCGUACUGCCUGGGCUCUUGGAAACUUCCACCGGUUCUUCAAACUCUAUCGGAAAGCUCCACGUAUGGCUGCUUAUCUAAUAGACAAGUUUGUGGAGCGUGAAAGAAAUCUAGCACUAAGGGCCAUUUUUAAAACGUUCAGGCCCUUUGUGCCGGUGGAGUAUGUGCAGUCCAGCUUGGCCUUCCCAGAUUUAGACUCAUGUUUAGCAUUUCUAACAGGGCUUGGGGUUACAUUCACCCCCUCUGACCCAAGCAAAAUAGACUGUAAAGUCAGCUCAACCUGUUUUACAACCUCGUAGUUUGGGGGAAAGGGUUGGGGGUGACCAGAGGAUUUACACUUAUAGAGCUUAUAAAGACUGUAGAUAAGGGACCAGAUAUCUGCAUAAUAGACACACAUUCAGAGUCUAGAGCUGAUCAUAUAUACGAGAUUUAUCUCAGAUUUUUUUAAACUCUUGUAGAGUGAUGGACAUUCUGACAGAUGGACAGUUGACAUCCAUAUACAGAGACUUAGGUGCCAUUUCAAGACCCAGUAUAGCCUAUUCCCACAGCCCAUUUAGUGAAGUAUCAGGCAACCAAAUACUUGCAGAUUAUCCCUUACACCAAUAGAAAAAUGAAACAGGGGGCAAAGAUCUAAUGGGGUCAGGUCAACAGGUCAUGUCAGGUCCCACAUCAUAGAGCUCAAAAAGCAUUUUCAAGCUAACAGUGUUGUGUUCUCAUGUUUCUUUCCCCUCAAGCAAACAGCCACAAAGCUCAAGACCUGAUAUCAUCACAGUUAAUGCUGAAUAUAGCCUAACGUGAGCCAGUUCCCACCAACAGCGUACCAGCUCAAGUCUGUGUGAAGGCAACAGAUCCUUCUCCAAGAUUUUUGUCAUCUUUAAUGGACUUUAAAGCCAUGUGCAAGUGCAAUCCUUCAAGCAAGAAGAGGAUGGUUUGUAUGCCCUAUCUUUCUCUUUGCCUGAGAUGUCUUCAGUAAGUCAGUGGUGGAGGCACUCCAUUAGAUCUCCUUCCUCACUUCAUCUCUAGGAUCCGAAUGCUGAUAGCCUAUAAUAUUUGGACUGAGUUAUAACAAGAUCACCGUCAGAAAUGCAGAUUAGGCCAUAUUUUCGUCCCAUCACCAGUUCUGCCCCCAUUUACCACACAGUUUCCUCUUCCGCACAUGGUGUUCAACACUCAAGAAGCUGGGCCUCAUUAGUCAUAGAUACCAUCCUAAUCGUUCCUCGACACCCAGGAAGCACAGCUCAGUGACUUUCACUUCCACCCCAGCUGUGAUCGGAAUAGGCCCAACCGUUUUAAAGUCAUCCAGGUCCACCUAGGGGAUUCAUUCACCACUAAGUUUUACCACCAGCCACUGAAGAGCCAAGUCCCCUCAAGCACCACCCAGCAUAGAAGGUCUCUACGCCCAACACGCAGUCAGCCUGACCAAGUUCAUUCAUUCAGAAGGAAAAGCAAGAUCAGUUUUCCCUCACACCAAGAUGGCGGUUGUAUCCUGUCUUCUCUCCACUGGCCACCUCAUUCCUGCAAGGGCAUCCACUGUCCUGCUGGAGUUUGGCAACACAUGGGUUUGUAUGGCUCCUUAAGCUUCGGCCACAUCUAAUGGUAAUGGCUGGUAAGAAGGACUUGAUGUUUUGAAAAAGCGUGGUGGAUCUUCAUUCAGCUUGGGUUGAGGUGUUACCACUGUUGAACCACAUGCUUGGCUUGAUGUCUUUUAACCCUGCUGGCAGGUUGUGAAUUUGCAUAUCUCAUUUUGAAACGGGCCUAAUACUGAACCCUGUUGCACCCUUUAUCUGCAAGAUUGGCACCAAAAGAUCUGUAUGAAAAAAAUCAAAUAUAUCUGCUCAUUUUACAUGGAUAUUACUGUGAUGCAGUUGUAAAUCUCAGAGAUUCAUAUGGCAUCAUGGUCUUAAUCUAGCCGAUUGAAACAUGAAUGCGUUAUAGUAAAAAAAAAAAAAAAGUUGUACCAAUUCAGUUUUACAAAGUUCAUCUAAUGCUCCUUGAUCUCUAAUGGACUGCGUUAAAAUGGUUUCAUUGGAGUCGUAACCCAAACAUCACCUUCACUGCAAAUGAGUGAGGAGCUUUUUAGCAUUUUUGCUGUUGAAGUAAUCGGAUUUAUUAAAUGUGAUUAACAUUCAUCCAGCAUGGAUAAGGCUUGGGUCUGAAAUAUGUGCUUUAGCUAAAUGUGCUCAAGGCCACUAUGAGCAGAAAGCAUCCCUAACAUCUCGUCUGUAAAAUAUGUACAUAUGUUUUCAUGCAAAUAAUGUGCAAAGUGAAAUUUAUUUUUCUCUUAUAGUACUUUGGUUUAUUAUAGUUUAUAGUUUAUUUUUGUUUGUACAAUGGUAAGUGUAAUUUUGAUUUAUACAGUAAUUUUGCUGGCAGGUUUUAAAGUUUAAAUAUAAUGGGUGGUAAGCAUGUGCACAUUGAUAUGAGGUUUAGUUAAAAUAAGUGAAGUUUCCCAUUAAAAUAUAAAAUUUCUUGUUCCCCUAGACAAAAAUUAAAUAACAUGUUGUAAAGUAAAUCUCUUACAAUCUACACUUGUGAAGG